AGACACCAAUGUCAAAAGGAGAACAUAAACCGUUUAUUUUUUAACAUAUAAACCUUUACAUUUAAAUUAAUGUUCAGGAUGUAAUAGUAAGAUAAUUAGAUAAGGAUAAUAAAGCAAGCAUUAAAUCAAGCAUUAAAGGCAAAGACUGUUUACAAUAACUGUAAACAUCCGUCUUUGGAUGCUAGCAAAGGCAUUGGUCUACUUCCGGGUUUCCUGUCACUCAAGCCAGUAAACUUCACAAUGUGGGCGGAGCUUUUAUCGACUGUUCAGUAUUGAUGCAGGCUAUACAGUUUCUAUUAACACGCAGAACUGUCAUCUUUAAACGGCUGUUUAAAAUCUUUAAGAUGAAUUUUAAAAGUCUGAUUGUGUGGCAGGAAUAAAGGACGGUAUUCGUUCUUACGGAGUGUACGAAGGAUAUAACGACACUGCGGACAUGACUCUUCGUGAAUAACGUUAAAUGACAUUAGAUCUCCGGUUGCCUGCUCUCCUUCUGUUAUCAACAGAGAAGCAAAAGGUUUCUCUUUCUAAACGUCUUAAUUUUUAAUUGUUAACAUAUAAAUAGAUGACAGCAUGAGGAGCCGCAGUAAUUCGGGAGUGAGAUUGGAUGGAUUUGCCAGACUUGUCCAUGAAACAAUAUUAUGCCACCAGAAUCCAGUGACAGGUCUUCUUCCGGCGAGUGAGCAGCAGAAGGAUGCCUGGGUCAGAGACAAUGUUUACAGCAUUCUGGCUGUGUGGGGACUCGGCAUGGCUUACCGGAAAAACGCAGACCGUGAUGAGGACAAAGCCAAAGCAUACGAGCUUGAGCAGAGUGUUGUCAAACUCAUGCAGGGACUGCUGCAGUGUAUGAUGAGACAGAUUGCAAAAGUGGAGAAGUUCAAACACACACAGAGCACAAAGGAUUGUCUGCAUGCCAAAUAUCAUACGCCAACCUGCGCCACGGUGGUUGGAGAUGACCAGUGGGGGCAUUUGCAGGUAGAUGCGACUUCACUGUACCUGCUCAUGCUGGCUCAGAUGACGGCUUCAGGUCUACGCAUCAUUUCUAACUUGAAUGAGGUGGCGUUCGUCCAGAACUUAGUGUUCUACAUUGAGGCAGCAUAUAAAGUGGCUGAUUAUGGGAUGUGGGAGCGAGGGGACAAGACCAAUCAGGGAAUCCCUGAGCUGAACGGCAGCUCUGUCGGAAUGGCUAAGUCGGCAUUAGAGGCUAUUGAUGAGCUUGAUUUGUUUGGAGCUUACGGAGGACCAAAAUCAGUGAUUCAUGUUCUACCAGAUGAAGUAGAGCAUUGUCAGUCUAUCUUGUGUUCCUUGCUUCCUCGAGCCUCCACCUCUAAAGAGAUAGAUGCUGGUCUGCUGUCCGUAAUCUCCUUUCCUGCGUUUGCAGUGGAGGAUGCGGACCUGGUCAAUAUCACCAAGAGUGAGAUCAUCACCAAGCUACAGGGACGUUACGGUUGUUGCCGGUUUAUCCGAGAUGGAUACAGGACCCCUAAAGAGGACCCCACUCGACUUCACUAUGAUUCAGCAGAACUGAAACUCUUUGAGAAUAUUGAAUGUGAAUGGCCUGUGUUUUGGACCUACCUUAUACUGGAUGGGAUUUUUAAUGAGGAUCAUGAGCAGGUGCAGGAAUACAGGGAAGCCCUUGAUGGUGUUUUAAUACGGGGCAAACAUGGGAUUCGACUGGUGCCUGAACUCUAUGCCGUACCCGCUGAUAAAGUUGAGGAGGAGUACAGGAACCCUCACUCCGUGGAGCGUGUGGCCGCCGGCCAGCUCCCACACAUGUGGGGCCAGUCUCUGUAUAUCCUGGGCAGCCUGCUCGCUGAGGGAUUUCUGGCACCUGGAGAGAUCGAUCCUCUCAAUAGAAGAUUCUCCAAAGGGUUCAAGCCUGAUGUUGUUGUGCAAGUGAGUGUAUUGGCUGAAUCGGUGGAGAUCCAGCAUUUGCUGAGGGAACAUAGAAUAGAGGUUCAGACAAUUUCUGAGGUUUCACCCAUCCGAGUCAUGCCGGCUCGAAUCCUGAGCCACAUAUAUGUAAAAUUGGGUAACUGUAAGAAGCUCAGUCUGAGUGGACGGCCGUACCGUCACAUUGGUGUCCUUGGAACUUCAAAGUUCUAUGAGAUCAGAAAUCGCACCUAUACAUUCACCCCACAAUUCAUUGACCAACAUCACUUCUACUUGGCCCUGGAUAACCAGAUGAUUGUGGAGAUGUUGCGAACCGAGCUUGCCUAUCUCUCUUCCUGCUGGCGUAUGACCGGAAGACCUACCCUCACAUUCCCUAUCACAAAGAGCAUGCUGGUUGAAGAUGGUGAAAGUAUUGAUCCUUGUGUUCUGUCUACCCUGCGUAAAAUUCAAGAUGGCUACUUUGGUGGUGCCAGGGUACAGAUGGCAAACCUGUCCUCAUUCCUCACCACCUCCUUCCACACUCAGCUCAGCUUCUUGGACGCAGAUUCUGAAGAGAACCUUCUUGACGAGGACGAGGACGAGGAAGAAGACCAAGAGAGUUUUGAGCCCUCAAGUUCUGGAGACGUGUUUGACCAGUAUCUCACAGAUCUCCUACACAUCACUUCAACAAAGUUCCACCUACCUCCUAUCCAGAGGGGGCAGCACCACGUUUUCAGCGCUGAACACACUACCAGGGACAUUCUGUCUUUUAUGGCCCAGGUUCAGGGACACAACAUGCCCAAACCUUCCAUGUAUUUACCUGUAGCCCCCAUAAUGAGCAAACACAGAAAGUCUCUGAAUCUGCUCGAAGUCCCACAACACCUUGCUUCUCACCAUGCCAAGAAGACUGAUAGCGUGGACCUGCACUUGCCCCAUGAUGCUCAUGGGAACACAGAUUUUGCUUAUCUGGUUGACCAGCUUAAGCACUGUCCAACCCUGCAAGAUCAGGCAGAUAUCCUUUACGUCCUCUAUGCUAUGAAGGGUCCAGAAUGGGCGGUAAAUAUGUCAGGUCAAGGUGAGGAGACUGUUCGCUCCCUGCUGGAGGAGCUUUAUGUUUGGGCAGGAGCGUGUAAGGAAUGGGGUCUCAUCCGCUACAUCUCAGGCAUCCUGAAGAAGAGAGUGGAGGUCCUAGCUGAAGCGUGCACAGAUUUGAUCUCGCAUCAUAAACAGCUGACGGUGGGUCUCCCUCCUGAGCCCAGGGAGAAGGUCAUCACAGUUCCUCUUCCCCCUGAUGAACUGAUCAACUUGAUCUAUGAGGCCAGUGGACAAGACAUCAGCAUCGCAGUUCUCACGCAGGAGAUUAUGGUGUAUCUGGCCAUGUACGUGCGCUCGCAGCCGUCUCUGUUCGGAGACAUGCUACGCCUGCGCAUCGGCCUCAUCAUGCAGGUGAUGGCCACAGAGCUCGCUCGCAGUUUACACUGUUCAGGCGAGGAGGCGUCAGAGAGUCUGAUGAGCCUGAGUCCAUUCGACAUGAAGAAUCUAUUACAUCACAUCCUGAGCGGGAAAGAGUUUGGUGUAGAGAGAAGCAUGCGUCCGAUUCAGUCCACAGCCAUUAGUCCUGCUAUUUCCAUCCAUGAGCUGGGACACACAGGGGCAACCAAGACAGAACGAACGGGAAUCAGAAAACUGAAGACCGAAAUCAAACAGAUCUUUAGCAGCAGUCAUUCCGUCAGCAGUAAUUUCACGUCCCCUCGUUCAACGAGAUGCAGCAGCCCCUCUACUCCCAGCGGCAUCUUAUCCCCGACCGGUACAGGUGACUCGCACCUUCAGUGGGAGGAGCGUCAGGGCCAGUGGCUGAGACGACGCAGACUGGAUGGAGCCAUUAACAGGGUGCCCAUGGGCUUCUACCAGAAGGUCUGGAGGAUUCUGCAGAAAUGUCAUGGCCUGUCAAUUGCAGGAUAUGUUUUGCCUUCUUCCACCACCAGCGAGAUGACAGAGGGAGAGAUCAAGUUUGCAGUGCACGUGGAGUCUGUCCUCAAUCACGUCCCACAGCCAGAAUACAGACAGCUGUUGGUUGAGGCCAUUAUGGUGCUCACCCUUGUGGCCGAGAUGGAGAUUUCCAGUAUAGGUGGAAUUAUUCACAUCGACUGUAUAGUCCAUAUGGCCAAUGAUCUCUUCCAGCAGGAUCAGAGAUCACAUGGGGCCAAUGAGUAUUUCUUGGAGAAAGAUCCUGCCACAGGAAUCUGCGACUUCUUUUAUGACAGCGCCCCUAGUGGCAGCUAUGGUACCAUGACUUAUCUUUCAAAGGCUGUGGUCACAUAUGUGCACGACUUCCUGCCAAGCAGCAGCUGUCUAAUGCAGUAAUGACUGUAGUUCUCAGAGUCUUUGACCUUCAGGACUGAUCUAUGACUUGUUUAAUAAAACCAAAACACAAAAAAGAAUGUAAUAAAUCAGUUGAUCUCAGAUCUUAAAUGGACAGGUCACCCGAAAAUGAAAAUUCUGUCAUCAUUUACUCACCCUCGAGUUGUUCCACAUCUCUAUAAAUUUCUUUGUUCUGAUGAACACAGAGAAAGAUAUUUGGAAGAAUGCUCAUAACCAAACAGUUCUUGGCCACUAUUGACUACCAUAGUAGAAAAAAAGCUUUAUAAAUUUCUUUGUUCCGUUGAACACAAAAGAAGAUAUUUUGCAGAAUGUGGAAAAGCAAACAGUUCUGGGGCACUUUUGACUACCAUUGUCAUUUUUCCUACUAUGGUAGUCAAUGGUGGCCAAGAACUGUUUGGUUACAAGCAUUCUUCCAAAAUAUCGUUCUCUGUGUUCAUCAGAACAAAAACAUUUUACAGAUUUGGAACAACUUGAGGGUAAGUAAAUGAUGAUUCAAUUGUCAUUUUUGGGUGAACUGUUCCUUUAAGCAUCAACAUGGAAGACUCUAAACAUCGGCUCUGAAUUUGUUGGUGGCCGUGAAGCAGACUGCAGGAAAUGCUACUCUGUGCUGUUCUGUUUUUGAUGAAGAUGGUUUUAAUUUACUGUGAAAUUAAAAUAUCACUAAAAGAAAUAGUAUUUAAUUUAUAUUUAACAAUUAUAUUAUAUCUUACGAUAACGAUUUUAAUAAGUUAACUUAUUGGUUGACUUAAUAAUUGAUCAUUUAUGCUUAUAGAAAUGUUUAAAAAAUGGUGCUUAAGAUGUUUCUGUAACAAGCAAUCUUUUUAGAGAGCACAUUAUUGCUUGGAUGUUAGGGUUGUUUUUAGGUUAUGCUCUUUUAAAGGAUCUUAACAUUCAGUUACAGAAAACACUGUUAUAUUACUGUAAGCAUAAUGUUUCCAGCCAACUUUAUUUUUGUACCUUGAUAUUAGGCUACAUUCUGACUAUACUUGUGUAUUUGUGUUGUUUAACAUGUGCUUCUCAUUUAAUGCAACAUAUACAACAGCACAUUACAAAUGUUAUGCAUUUGAGAACUGUGUGGAUAUGGAUAGUCAUUGUGGAUUUGCAUGCAAACAUGCAGCAUUUUAACUCAUUGUAACAUACGGGAUGUACAAUACUAGCUUGUAAUGUCUACAUGACAUUUGAAGGGCAUAAUGCUCAUGAAGCCCACAGCAGAGUUGUGUGCUUUCAUUUGAUUGUCUGAACUUUGGCUGUCUUUGUAUUUAUAUUAUUUUGUUUUCCAUUUUAUUUACACAAUUACUUCUUUUGAAGAGAUAUUGUACAUUAACCUCCAGUAAACAUUUGUAUAAUCACAAAUAAAAUAUAAUUAAUC